AUGUGGAUCCUCGACCAAAGCCUCCAGACGAUAUGCAAGGGCAACUGGGGUGAAGUUUCUGCUCAACUCGACGCGGCCCGGUGUCUCUACCUGGAGAAAAGCGGCAUGAAAGUCAUCCAAGCCAUGCAGCUCGUCCCUGACAUCGAUUAUACUGCGCCUGUGCUCGGUGUCGUGAAAGUUCUUCUCGGGGCUGUGCAAGCUGCUGCCGACGGACGAAGUCAGGCUGUUCACGGGUUCGAUGACCUUGAUCAAAUAUUUUCCGAAAUCGAGCUGUUCCUGCAGACUUUCCCUGACGACUACAAAGUCAAAGACACGGCAGUGGAUCUCGUUGUUGCCACAUUCAAGGCAGUUGAGCUUGCAAUCAAGUUUUUCACGUCAAGCUCUGGCAGACGAAUGUUCAAUGCGAUCUCCAACGGGAAUCAGUAUCAGAAAUGUUUGCGCGAUAGUCUCAGCGAGAUGAAAGCCUGCAGCCAGCAGCUGGUUCAGGAUGCCCUUGGUUCGCACAUGCACCAUACACAGCAUUCAAUGAGGAAAAUCUUGCACGAACUCGGAGCAUUGAGGAGGAUGCAUGAGGCGUUUGUCAAAGCUCAGGAGGGACAGCGUCAAAUGUUCAACGCGAUGACUUCAUUGCUCACUGAAUACAAUCGUAGCCAAGAAGAGAAUCGCCACCUGCGAGCGGAGAUCUAUCGCAUCCGGUCUCGGACGGCAUCUCCUACACCAGCCACCAUAUAUUUCACCAAAAAUGACGAUCUCUUGGACUUCAUUGGUAUACCAAACUUCGAGGAAAGCGACAUGCAACACAUUUUGCAGAAGAAAAGUCGUUUGGAUUCAGAACAGCAAGUGCGGGCCGAAGCUAUUGUUCAGAACCAGCGGUUCAAGGACUGGAUUAUCUCCCCGAUGUCUGAGAUGCUCCUUAUCCACGGCGACUUCCGCGAGGGCAACCAAAGAGUAUCCGCACUAUCUCUGUUCUGCACAACGCUCACGGCAGCUCUGCGGGCAGACCGAAGCUUCCUUCCAUUAAUAUUCUUCUGCGGCAGCCACCUUGAGGAUGACCCUUGUGCUGGAGGAUUAUUGAUGAUCUCCAGCCUCGUGGUGCAACUAUUAUCGCAGCAGACCUUUGACAUCCGGUGCUUCCCAAAUAAGCUAUAUGAGGAUCUGAAGCAGUGUGGCAACAUCGCCGCCUUGUGCUCUUUGUUCAAAUGGCUUCUUCGCCAGCUGCCGAGCAAUGUAACUGUUUUCUGUCUGAUAGAUGGUGCCGUGUAUUACGAGCGCGACCACUUCAUGGACGGCAUGUCAGAGGUACUUACCAAGAUUCUAGACAUGACGAACGAGGGCAGUCUCCCUGUAACUGCCAAGGUGUUAGUCACAAGUCCUACACCUACGAGUCUGAUACGAUUACCCUUCGAGGUCAAGGAUUCUCUUUUGUCCCUAGCAACAAUGUCGUUACGGAGAUGGGGGUCUAGCCAGUCACGAUUGGAGCGUGAAAUGGGCGAGGAGUUAUGUGAUUCAUAG